AUGGAUUCACUCAGUGCUGCUUUGGGAGCUAUCAGUGUCACCACAGAACUGGUUGUAGAAGAAGUUGAACCUCACAUUGAAACCCUGCUCACUGCAAUGGGAAAAAAGAAGAGCAGCAUAGCUGAGCAGGUGGUAGAGAGUGGCAUUCUGCCGGUCCUGGCUCAGGCCUUGAGGAGGAAAAGUGCCCUCACUGUACUCUCAGCCAGACUGGUGGCUGAGCUCUCCAGGGAGGCCUGCUUCAGAGACCGCUGCUUUGAAACUGGAAUUGUAUCUGCACUUCUGACUCUGCUGCUCAGUGAGAACCAGGAGCUACUGCUGCACACUAGCCGAGCCAUCGGGAGGAUCUGCUGUGACAGCUAUCUGCAGCAGGAAAGGCUGUUGAGGCUCGGAGCUGUCCCCAGACUGCUGUCUGUGCUUUUGCAGUAUUGUGAGAAUGAGGCUUUGCUGAGCUCCUGUCUGCUGGCUGUAUGUAACCUGGCUGGUAUGAACGAAGCGGACGGCUCUACACUUGUAUGGGAGAAGAGAAGCAGUUUUGACGAGGAGGUUCAUGUGUUCCAUGGCACCUCUCGGCAUUCAUUUGGCUUUGUCUCUGCAGUGACAGUGGUUCGGAUAAACCGGUGGUCCUGCGGACAGCACUCGGUAAGCGUGGAAGUAGUUCAGAAAUGCUCCACACUCUUGUGGAAGGAACACAACAGAUAUCGGUCUGAACGCCACUCGCUAAGAUUCACAUGCCUGGGUUUUUUACUUAAAUUCUAUAAGGUAAUAAAGUGCUCUGUGAGGAACCUUACAAAGAACAGGAGUCAUUUGAGGUCAGCAGUGUUUCACACUUUCUUGUGAUGAUAAAUCACAAUACAUCAAAUGUAGAAAACCGUUGCUGAUUUAAAGCGAGAAUAUGCGGCAAAAACAGAGCAUGGAAAAAACAAGAUGUGGACCACCAACAUCCAGAAACUCAGGAUUAGGAGACAUCUAUACGUGCCUAUUAGUCAUGUUUCCUGUCAAGCCAGAGAGCUUUCCAACCUUGGUAAUCAUUAGAUAUGUGUUUUGUGAAGCAAGGCUUUUGAGGAAACCCUGAAAAGACUGUGUAUUUUGUAUGAAUUUUACUGGUUAGAAAAUAGCUUCAGCUAACUUUCUUUAACUACCAUUAGGUCUCCCUAUGUAAAUGAGGAAAAGUGCACUAUUGCUAUGCUCAUAUAUUGUACAUAAUUUUGCAUAUUGAUGUAUCCAAAC